AUGGAAGGCUUCCAUGCACUAAUUUUUCUCAUCAUUCUGCUGUAUGUGAUCUCCACCGCCAAGUACGCCACUCUCGGGAUCGAGCCAGCUGCAUCCGACCGCGCCGCCCUCCUCUCCUUCAAGUCCCUCGUCGAUGACGAUCCGUUCGGAGCGCUCUCCUCGUGGAACAACGGCUCUCUCCACUACUGCAGGUGGCACGGCGUCUCCUGCAGCCGCCGCCAUCCCCACCGGGUCACAGCCCUCGACCUCAAGUCUCUUCGCCUGGCUGGUUUCGUAUCGCCUGCCGUAGCCAAACUCACGUUCCUCCGGAGGAUCGACCUGUCCGACAACAUGCUAGACGGAAGCAUCCCGGAGGACCUAGGCAGCUUGCGCCGGCUGCAAUAUCUCAACUUGAGUGAGAAUUCUCUUCGCGGAAUGAUCCCGUCUUCGCUCGGCAAUUGCUCUAAUCUUCAAGUACUUAACUUGCGAGAUAAUAAGCUCGACGGUGAGAUCCCGCCAACUCUAUCGCGUCUUUCCGGUCUUAGAAAGCUCAUCCUGAGUCAAAACAUGUUACAAGGGACGAUCCCAGAUUCAAUUGGGAAUCUUUCUUCUCUACUCAUUCUUUCUUUAGAUAAUAAUAACUUGUCAGGAGCCAUGCCUUCAUCCUUCGGUAGCCUUCUCUCCUUGCAGAUACUUGAAAUCCAAUACACUAGUCUCACAGGAACCAUUCCGUCGACUCUUACGAACCUCUCCUCUCUGAACCUGCUUUUGCUACGAGAAAACAACCUUCAUGGUGAAAUUCCUCACUUUGCAGAACUUCCAUUCCUCUCUUACCUGGACUGCACUUCUAAUAAUCUCUCCGGGACGAUCCCAAUCUCGCUCGGACGACUUUCAUCUCUCGAAUAUCUCAGUCUCGGGAUGAACAACUUAACAGGAGAAAUACCGUCAUCCCUUUACAAUCUAUCAUCCCUGAACACCUUUCAACUCUAUUAUAACCAACUCGAGGGAACUCUACCCUCUGAUAUCGGAAAUGCUCUUCCGAACCUUCAAGUCCUUGUUAUGACUAAGAAUCAGCUCCGGGGGCGAAUUCCAGCAUCCUUGUCCAACGCUUCUGAGCUCAACUACCUUGAGCUAGAGUCCAAUGCAUUCCAUGGCACGAUACCGCCGAGCCUUGGAGCCUUGCAGAGUCUCUCGUGGCUCACACUGGCCCUCAAUCGACUCGAAGCCAGGAAGCUCAGUGAGUGGAGCUUCAUUACAGCACUGACCAACUGCACCAGUCUCCAAGUGUUGGAUCUAAGAUACAAUCUACUUCAAGGCAUGAUGCCCAAAUCAAUAGUCAAUUUUUCCACCAGUCUUAAUUUUUUGUUACUCAGUAACAACCAAAUAUCAGGAAUUAUACCUACUGAGAUUGAGAAGCUCAUCAAUCUAACUUUUCUUGACAUGAGCGUUAACGAUCUUCGAGGCACUAUUCCCAUAGAAAUCAGCCAUCUUUGGCAAUUACAGUACUUGGAUCUGUCGGACAACAUGCUCUCGGGUGAAAUUCUUCCGACCUUGGGCAACCUAACAUUAAUGGACAAGCUCUAUCUCGGCAGCAACGAAUUUGAAGGAGCCAUUCCACCGACAUUAAGCAAGAUGUUAAUGCUAGAGUUGUUAAAUCUAUCAAAUAAUAGGCUAAGCGGUAGCAUUCCGCAAGAAGUUUUGAGGCUUUCGUCGCUCGCAAGCUUCCUCGACUUGUCGCAUAAUUUACUAAACGGUUCAUUACCGUUGGAAGUGGGCAACUUGAUAAAUAUCAGGGCGCUUGAUCUCUCAAAUAACAGGCUCUCUGGUGAGAUUCCAGACACCAUUGGCAAAUGCACAAUCUUGGAAAUCCUUCAUUUAGAGAAUAACUUAUUUCAAGGGUCCAUUCCUUCCUCCAUUAGCAAUUUAAGAGGGCUUAAGAAGCUUGAUCUCUCGAAAAACUUCUACUCGGGCCAAAUACCCGCAUUCCUUGAUGAGCUCCCGGAUCUAAAAUACUUGAAUCUCUCCUUCAACAGUUUCGAGGGUCAAGUGCCAAUGAAAGGGGUUUUUAAGAAUGCGAGCGAAGUCUCACUUAUCGGAAACUCUAAACUCUGUGGCGGAAAUCCAGAAUUACACUUGCCAAAAUGCACUUCGGAUGCCUUUGCAGCAAAACAUCACUCUGAUUAUAAACUCAAGGUAAUACUCAUUCCCGUAGGUGGAGCAAUUUUGUGUUUGAUUAUAAUCAUGGGCUUGCUUGGGAUGGGUUCUCCUCAAAUAAUCUGA